AAUGUAUUAAUUUACUUUAUGUAAUUAUUAUUAUUUAAUAUAUUGUGAAGGAGUCUGGCAACAUUGACUUGUGACUAGACAUGUUUGUCUACAUUUGUCAUUUUGAAAGUUACAACGUGGAGUUUGGGCCAGAGUAAAAUAUUCGCAACUCUAAUUUAUGAAUUAAACACUUAAUUUUUUAUUGAAAUUAUUCAGUCAUAUUGUAGCAAGGAUGGCGCCCCCACAAAAAGGUAAACAAGGCACUAAAGGUGCAAAACAGAUUGUUACUGAAAAUGCAGACACCCUAAGUUUCUAUAGGAAUAUGGCCAUUAUUUCAAAUGCAGUGUCAUUAAUAAUAUUGGUAUUCUAUAACUCUGGAAUAAGUAUUGCGCUGUACUUAUUCUCUUGCAUUAUUUACAUUGCAAGUUACCAAUUCAUGGUUUAUAUGGCCAAACCAACAUAUUCUGAAUCUGGACAGUUACUAGAUUCUGGGGUUGAUCUAAAUAUGGAAGGAGGUAUUUCUGAACACAUAAAAGAUAUUAUAAUACUAACAGCUGGAUGUCAGAUCCUUUCAUCACUUAUUUCCAAUUACUUUUGGUAUUUAUGGCUGUUAGCACCAGCCAGAGGCUUCCAUAUAGUUUGGAAAAACAUUUUGUCACCAUAUAUCUUCCAAGAAGCACCUGCUCAACCUGAAGAAAAUGAAAAGAAGCAGAGGAAAUUAGAAAGGAAAAUGAAAAGAAUGCAAAGGUAGAUAGAAGAAACACUGUGUAUAGUGACUGAGUAUCAAGUAUAAGUGAACAAUUACUCUGGACAUUUAAUUAUUAAGGAUUGUAAUAUAAAUAUAAAAUUGGUGUGUUAUGGUCUUAAUUGUUGUGUAUGCGCAUUUUGUUUUUCAAUGUGUAUAUUUAGUAUUAAUAUUUAAAUACAAUAAUUUGAUGUUACUUAUUUUAACAUCUUAUCCUGUAUUUGUUUUACAUAAUAUAUUUUUGUUUUCA